AUGGCGACCGCGGACACAGCUCCCCGGCCACAUGGUCAGAGCAUGAGCUAUACUUCCCAAACUCAAAGCAAGACUUCUCUACCAGUUUCUGCGGAUGGUCAGGGUGCGCCAACGAUUGGAAACAAGUCCAUAGCGCCUACAGUGUCGACAAACCCUGAUACGGUCAACUCAGAUGCGGCUCCUUCAAAGGCGGGCACCUCAGCUAACAUUGGCUGUGGAGUCAGUUCAAGCGGUGUCGGCGGUGGAGAAGGAAGUACAUUCUCCUCUCCUGCGCCUUCAAUUCGCUCAAUGACCACUACAUUGACCACAAUGCAAUCUGCGGCACCGUCUACCCUCCUUGCAGCACCCAAUCAAGGGCAUCAUGGAGGCGGAGCUUCCUCCGCAAAUCACAAUCACCAACCCUCAGCAGCUUCUCACUUCUCGCACCAGUUCCCGACCACACCUGUCUCUGCAAUACCUGCACAUCUUAACCAACACGUCACUGAACGUCAUCCAAACACCUACAGUUCCGCAACAGCGAACAAUCUGCUGAGCGACAAUGCGUCGGUAAUGACUCUUGCGUCUUCUUCGAAACGCCGACGCAGAAACUCAACAGACACAAAUGCGUCUGUACGAGCUCUGGCCCCUUCUUCUGUGUAUGGAGGAAGUAAAGAAUCUUUACCACUGAGUGUGUUAAGCUCUAAUGUCAAUGAUCAGGCGAGCAUCACCACUCACCACCAAGGAAGACAAGUCAGCGUCAGUCUUGCAAAUACAGAGCGAGCGAGUGUCUACUCGUCUUCAGGAAUAGCGCCUGCCCUACCGAGUGAACGAAAUAGCUAUUAUGCAGCCAAAGUCAGCCAAGGGGACGGAGGAAGUGUUCGCAGCGGGCGCAUUGGCCACAGCCGCAAUGACAGUAUUACGAAGAGCAUCAGUGGCCUUGGCGCUGCAGACAGCCCGGUCAAUAGCCCUCGUGAGGCCCCAGGAACAGGCAGAUUAAGCCGACGCAAUUCAGGGAAGACUGAGGCAACGGAUAUACACACAGAUGAUGAUGACCAGUCUUCCAUUAAGAGAUGA